UCAGAUGGUUCCGCUCUGGCCGCGGCUGAUGGUGGCGCUGGCGGCUCUAUCUCUGGUACCUGCAGAGGAGCCGUGCCGGUUUCCGUCCUCGUGGAUCGACCAGUGGUACUGGAAGGACUCUGUGUUCAACAUCACCGAGGACCAGCUGGGGACGCAGGGCCGCUGUGUGCAGCAGCAGCGCGACACAAAGUUCCUCCUGCAGCGGGACAUACAAGGCCAGCAGAGCUGCUACAUCUGCGUAGUGAUGUUUGAACGUCACACCAACAUCAUCGAGUUCAAGCAAUCGCGGUACUGCAGCCCGCACCCGUCGCUACGCCAGGUGUGUCGCUCCAUCGGUGCCGACGCGCCGCUCAACACCAUGAUCCGCGUGCGUCCGACGCCCGUGCCGUGCCCGUUCCGCGGCCGGUUCACGUUCAACUACCGGCGCUCGGACCGCGUGUGCGCCGACCCCGUGUCGCGCGCCUGGUCGUGCGCCGAUCCGUGGAGUCUGGUGCUGCAGCAUCAGGCCUGCCCGGACGUGGCCGGCGCCGAGCGACUCUCAGAGACCCUCACCUGCCUCGCCACCUGGCGCAACCACGACACUCACUUCAUGUUCGGCAAGCUCAACAGCGUCAAAACCAAGACGGACGCGGACAGGUACCGGUGUUUCAUCUACCAGCCGUUCGACCUGGGCGGCGGCCAGCAGGGCUUCCACGUGGUCCAGUCCGGCGACUCGACCUGCCAGGGACUGCAGUCGGUCCACGUGGGGCACAAGGUCAUGAACCUUACCAAUGAGCGGCGCCGGCUAGCCAAGUGUCGCCUGCCAGAGUGGCUGACGGCGCACCACGAGUGGCACAGGAUGGACUCGAGACUGCGGUUCCACAUCUUCCACAAGAAUCACUCGAUCAAAGUCAGCCACGAGCAGGGGCCGGGUCAGGAGCGUCAGGACGACGAGUCGACCAAGCUGAUCUGCAGUCAGAUCACGGAGCUGAGCGAGAACAGCGCGCAGGUGGUGUUCCACCACAGUCGAGGAUGCACGAGCGGCUACCAGUGCGCCGUGCUCUAUCGACGUGACCGGCACGUGGUGGAGAUAAAACUUGGUGAUGUAGUGCCCUCGCCCGAGGCCGCCUGCCAGUUCUUUGACGAGACGCGCCACAACUUCACCACGCUAGUCGCGGCCUCCCACCCGUCCCACCCGUGCCCGUACCUGGGCCGACACGCGGUCAUUGGUGUUCAGCGGGAGGGCCGCCGCGUGCGAGACGCCUGCUCGGGGGCGUUCAGUACCCUGGUGAUGGGUUGCCACGCCUCUGAUACACUGGAACUGCGCUCAGAGUGUCGCCAGAGGACAGAGAGCUCAGAGUAUCGUUGCCACGGUAGCUGGCAGGAGAACAACACCCACUUUCUGGUGGCCUCUCCUCUGUCGAGGUCAUCGCCCUCGGCUCGUCGCGUCUGCUUCAUCUCCAUGGCAACGGGCGACGGUCUGCACUUCUCCACACUUCAGGAGGCCUGCUACCGGAGCGUGCUACCCGGUCAGGAGGGCAGCCUGGCCUUCAACGUCACCAUCAACGGCGACUGUCGAGCGGAGGCAUCCACCAGCGGCUCGCGGUCGGCGGCUGCGGUGACCGCCGUCAGCUGGCUACUGCUCCUGGCGCUGCUACCCCUCUUCUCAGCACGGUGAUAGGUCAGAGGGAGACGGACACCGCCAGUGAGGGUCAGGGAUACCGCCCGGCACCAGGACAGUGUGCCUCCCGGCGACAGGACAGUGUACCGCCCGGCGCCGGGAUAAAGCACCGCUCCAGCGUCAGUGUUUGGCCUGGUGAGCUGGACGGCCCUCCAGCCCCAAUGUUGGCCAGGGGAGCUACAUAGACAGCGCUCCCGUGCCAGUGAUAGACUCUGUAGGGAGGACGAACUCCUGACGCUGGUUUGGAUCGACCACCUGGCUCGUAUGGUGUCAGAGCGAGCUGGACGAAGGCACCGGGUUAUCACGGAUAUCGCCGCGCCCUGACAACAGAACUGCUGACCGCCGCUCCACGGUUCCAGAACAGAUGGGUAAUGGCGGGACAGUUGGCUGGCCACUCCCUGAUGCUGUGGGCUGCUAACAGACAGCAAAACGGACUCCCUAACACCAGGAGCCCCUCAGGCCCCAGACAUCCUGCUGCGUGGUGUCGUGGUGCGCCGUGUACCACACCCAUCGUGCUGGUCCCGCAGCGGUAGCGGACAGGGGCAGGUAUUUUUCUAUAUAUGCGUGAGACCGCCGGCGCGGCCGUGUGAUGCGAUGGAGCAGGUGCUCUCUGUGAUCGGACGGAGCGAGCUAGUGCCGCUCCCGUAGCCAGUAUGUGGAUGAACGAGUGAUUUGUGUGAGCACGUACUACACGGUACAUAGGCCGGAUGCAGUGGUUAGUCAUACGACACUAUAAUGAGAUGGAGCUUGGAUAGUCAUCUGAUCUGCCCACGUCACUGGAUAAAUUGGUGGUAAGCGGAGAUUAUUGCUUUGUGAUUUGUUUUCUAAAUGAUCCCACAUUUGUUCUCCCGUGAAGUUCAGACAAGUUGUUUAGAAACCUUCAAAAAAGGUACAGUCACUCGAUUUUUCUCAAGUUUGUCUGUCUUGGCAGAUCAAGCAAUGCCAGAGCAAGCUUACGAACACACAAAUUUGAUCAGGAUCGGACGAUUGGACACUUCUAAAAAGAGAUCUUUCGUGCUUCCCGGAAAUUCACCGGAGAACAGAAGUGGGGUUUAAAAAAAGGUGUCGAAUUGGUACGUUUCUGAAGCUCCCGGAAGGUAGGCGUCGCGACUGUGGCUGAUUUCUUGAGACGUGGGAUUUGCGGAUGCAUCACUGAGGCAACUGGGGGUACUGAGGAGUUCUGAGUUACUGAGACAACUGUCACCGCCGUGACUGCGAGGAUAACGUGUGCUGGCCGGGUCAGAAUCGGUUGGUGUUCGCUUGUGUCGAGUGUUGCCUGCUAUAAGCGACUGUGUGUGUAUGUGUUUGUGUGUGCGCUCGUCACUAGACUGCAGUCUGGGAUCUCACGGCGCCGUGGGCUGCUCGGCCGGUGUGCCGGUCUGCCGCGCGGCUCGUGCCGGUACAAAGAGGCCCGCGCGCCGGCACACGGCCCCCGCUGCUCUCUCUCCGGGCAGCUGCCCCCGCCGCUCUGCUCAGGAUUCAGCGGCCCGGCGGCUGCGCGGACCAGCUCCCGUGGACAGCUGCGGCGGCUGCGACUCCGGCCGAGUUAGAAUGGCAGUGUGGCGCGGGCUGUAGCGCCGCAGAAGUGUUAUCUGCGGUGUUGUUUUUCUUUCAGCAGUCAUUUAUUUACCAGUAUCGACGUUCAGUGGCACUGAUAUCAUCACCAAGUUUAUCUAGUUUUCUGGAGUCGCCUUUGUUUUUCUGUGUCUGGUCUUUUUUAAAUAACUUUGCUGUGCUCUUGCUUAUAUCGGUAAACCAAGAUGGCUGGAUCAUUCGUCCAAGCCUAACGAUCGUUUUACACGUGUUUUCUUAUCAGUGAUUUCCGGUUACUAUACCGCUGUCUUGUGCCAUUGUUAAGAUAUCCUCAUUGUUAACCAUACUUACUCAUGCAUACAAAGACGUUUUGAAUAUAUCUCAAAGCGGAGUAAA